AUGGCGCUGUCAAACUUCGCCGUCUUCGGAGGCGCGUUCCUUACCCCAGUUUUGGUAGGAGUGAUUGCAGAUUCAAUCGGAUAUCAGUGGACAUUCUAUUUUGUCGCCAUAUUCUCGGGGAUCAUGCUACCGCUGAUCAUACUCUUCUGCCCGGAAACGGCGUUCAGGAGGGAAGAGAAAUUUGACACCGAUACUAUGGGGAACUUGCUGGUUAAGGAUGGAGAAGAGAUGAAAAUCUUGGGUAAUCGGGGGUCGAGUAGCACAUCUGCUGAACACGAAGCAGCUGGAAACACGGAUGAAAAGGGAGCAGGAAACUCUGCGGACCAGCAUUCGGUGGGCGAUUCGCCACGCAAGGCUACUUUUCUCGAAAGUAUGAAGCCGUUCAAUGGGCGGAAAACAGAUGACCGGUAUCUGCACCUCCUUCUGCGGCCGUUCUCGCUGUUCUUGCAUCCGGGUAUACUAUGGGCCUGUCUCAUCCAAGGCAGUCUAAUCGGUUUCACGGUCCUUAUCGGUGUUGUGCUUGCAGCAAUUAUGCUUGGCCCACCGCUUUGGUUUGGAGAGAAGGAGACAGGAUACAUGUAUACAGGCGCCUUCAUCGGUGCACUCCUCGGCUUCGGCCUCACCGGUCUGAUUAGCGACUGGUCCGCCAACCUGCUCACGCGUCUCAAUAACGGCGUCUACGAACCCGAGUUCCGCAUGGUGCUCGUGAUCCCACAACUCAUAUUAGGUUGUGCUGGUAUCUACGGCUUCGGCUGGACCAGCGCAGAUACGGCAACGUACGGCUGGUUUUGGCCUGAUUUCUUCUUCGCGCUUGUAGUUAUGGGUAUGGUGUGUGGUGCUGUCGCCAGUGCGCUGUACAUUGUCGAUGCGCAUCGCGGCAUGUCCAUCGAAGCUUUCACGUGCCUCCUCGUUUUCAAGAACGUAUUCUCCUUCGCCCUGACGUUUAAAGGCUUCGACUGGGUCGUUGAAGCUGGACGGCGGAGUGGGGUAGGUGGUGGUGGGGGAAUCAAGACCCUGUUUAUCGCCGUCGGGAGUGCGCAGGUCGCGGUUUGUGCGUUGACGAUUCCGAUGUAUAUCCUCGGCAAGAAGAACCGGAGUUUCUUCCACCGCCACAAUGUUUUCUUUGCGGUAACGGAUUGGGUGGCGGAUAAACUGACAUUUUGGUAG